AGUUUGCCAUUGGAUACUGAGAUCAACACCGCCAUCAUGCUGCGUCUGGUUGUCGCCGCUCUUGUCGGCAGCGUGGCUGUUGCGACGCCGCUUCCACCGGUCCUUCCCAACGAGCUAUCGACUGUCAUUAGCUCGUUCAAGCCCAUCAUCUCGAGCAUGGCCGACACGGCGCUGCCCGCGACGCUUGGCAACUGCGUCAAUGGCAACCCGCCAGCGCCAUGCCAAGAGAUUGGCAACCUCUUCGCCGUCAAGACGAGCUACUACAACGUGACCGCGCGCUGGGUCUCGGGCCUCAACACGGUCCAAGUCAACCAGCUCAAUUUGAGCGUUGGCGAGAACGGCUCGAUGCAUCUCGACGCGUCGGUGUCGUUCACAAAGUUGCCCGUGAGCCUCCUCGUCGACGGCUGCAUCCCCGAGUUUGGCUGCAAGACGUUCAUUGACAACUCCAACACGUGCUGCGGUGGCCCGAUCACAGUCAAGCUCGGCAUUGACGCCAACUGCUCCGAGACCUACCCGUACAUUCAAAACAUGUCGGUCUCGUCGGCGGCGAUCCUGCCGUCGCUCAACAUUAUGAUGACGCUGCUCGGCCGUCAGUUCAAGAUCUUUGAUGCGACGCGGCUGGCGCAGAAUGGUAUCAUCAACGGCGUCACGCAGGUGCUCCAGGAUCCGUCGACGUCCGGCCCGAUCAACAAGCAGAUCAAAAACUUGUACGGCGGCCAGAUCUUCUGCACCAAAGCGUCGCAAGAAGCGUACUUGCUUGCUAUCGAAGAGGCCAAGACCAAGGCGUCGACCGGCGCCAAGCCCAGCGCUGCGUCAGCGCCGAUGGCAUUUGGCGCCAUGGCGCUUGUUGCGGUCACGAUUGCAGCCUCCAUGUAAUCGGUCGGGUCGUUCUCGGCAACAAGACCUGAAUGAAUCCUGUGUGUGGUGCUUCGCUGGAA